GGAGACAGAGGGGAAGAAGAGGUGAGAGACCUUAACAGGCACAGCGUUCCCAGCCAGCGCACCAGAGGGCUAGUUGUGGGAGAACUCCCCCAGCGGAGGAAGUGAAGAGGCGACUGAAGGAAAUGGAAGCCAACUCUCACCCCAGAUUAGACGGUCGCUGGCUUUGCUUUGCGAUGCUCUGGCUGUGUGUGGAACUAGCACAAUCCACCAUUGAUGGUCAACAGGAAGGGAGACCUUGUUGCUCGUCAACUCUUGCCGGUAAGUUUGGAACAGAGUUUUCAUAUUCCUUAGGGUUUGAGGUUUUAGACUGCCUUGGUUGAUAGCUCUUUUCUUGUAGCCCAGGGGAGUUCAUAGAACCAUAGAAUGGGAAGUGUCAUCUAGUCCAACCCCCUGCUGUGCUAAAAAAUCUCUGACUGAGAUGGCACUCUGCAUAUGCUCCAAGGCCCUGUUGAAUUUGAAGAUUCUGAGGCUAGCUAUUCUCGGAAGUAAAAGCCUAGCAUUCUCAGAGGCCUCACUUCAGAUGUCCCACUGCAGCGUAGGAACAUAGGACGACGGUCCAUUCAGCUCAGUACUGUCAACACUGGGUGGCAGCAGCUUUUUGGGGUACCAGGCAGGGGGUCUUUCCCAGUAGAAAUGUAUGAUCUUUACCCAGGUAGUGCCCAAAUUAUUGACUCAGUCUGUCAUAGGAACACAGGAAAGUGUUUAAACCAAGUCAUGCUGUUGAUCCAUCCAGCUCAGUAUUGUCUACACUGACUGGCAGCAGGUUUCAGACGGGGUCUUUCCUAACCCUCCUUGGGGAUGUCAGGAACUGAACUGGGGACUUUCUGCAUGCAAAGUUCUUCCACUGAGUUCAGCCCUUCCUUUAAGAUAUAGGAACAUAGGAAGUUGCCUUAUACUGAUCCAUGCAGCUCAGCAUCACUGAUUCUGACUAGCAGGUAUUUAUCCAGAGCUUCAGACAGGUUGUAUCUCCCAACCUUAGCUGGAGUUGCGAGGGAUCAAACCUGGGACCGUCUGCAUGCAAAGCAGUUGCACUCCUGCUGAGCUUAAAUGUCAAAUUGACAUUCUUAAGCUUAGGAAACCAGCAGAUGACUUAUGAAAAUUAUUCCCACCCCUCAUUUUUCCUGCAUCUUUUUAAAAACAACUGCAGGGGAUCACCACUAAUUUUCAACGUGAAGCUUAGGACAUUGCCAGAGGCUUCAGCUAGGGUGUUCUUGCCUUGAUACCCUGAAAAUGAGCCUAAUGGUUAGGAGGAAAGAUACCAUUGUGUUCAGAAUGUGUCUCCCCAUUUCCAAAGUCUCACCUCAGGGUUCAAGAGAACUAUUGCAUAACGAGCAACAGAAAGACUUCUUACAUAAGACAGACCAAGCGGUUCAGUGGUUAAACCAAAGUUCACUGAAAUAAUUUUAUUUGUAAUACUGAGAACUUCCUAAGAACUACACUUUGCCGUAGCUGAUAUAAUGUCUGGCUAUUCUAUCCAUCUUACCUAUUCUACCUUGUCUACCUAUUUUAUAUAUCCUGUUUUUCUAUCUUUGCAUAACUUAACUAUCCGCUUCACCAUAAAUGUCAAUCUAUCUGUUCAAUCUAUUUCAUCUCCCUUUCUAUUCUGUCAAAUGCAUUAUCUGUCAUUUUAUCUGCCUUAUUAGCUAUCUUCCUAUGCUAUCCUUACCAAUCAUAUCCUAUGCUAGCCUUACCAAUCUUGUCUAUAUUUUGUCUAUUGACCCACAUGCUAGUUUCUACCCAUAAUUCCAUAACUUUACAAUCCCAUACCUAUCUGUCUAUCCAAUCUGUUCCUGUUGUAUUCUCUCUCUUUUUUCUCCAUCUUUACAGAGCUUAUCAGUCUUUUAUAUCCUUUUGUUUAUUGACCUGUGUGCUAGUUUCUAUUUUUUUUUACACAACUAUCCUAGCUACCAUUUCUAUAUAUCAUUGUCAAUCCAUUAAAUCUAUUCCACUUACUUACAAUAUUCCAACCUGUCUUCUUAUCAAUCCCUUCUAUCCUUUUGUUUAUUGAACGGUGUGCAUUUUCUAUCCAUCUCUAUAUUAUUUACUUGCCGUGUAUAUCAAUCUAGCUAUCCAAUCUAUUCUACCUAGACAGCCAAUCUGUCUGCCACCCAAUCCUGCUGCCGCCUUCUUUUCUAUCUUUCCAGGUCUUAUUUAUUGUGACGGUGAUCAAUUUAUUACAAACUCUUCACCUUAAGGUCCCAGGGUGGGUUACAGCAUUAAAAACAACAUUAGAACAAUUUUAAACAACUAAUCUUAUCUAUCAUUUCAUUACUGAGCCAUGUGGUGUUGGUUUAAACAUUUCCCAUUGACCAAAACAUUGAAACCGCAUGAGCUGAAAAGAAGAAUUAUACACUACCAACAUGCCUAACUUUCCGCUGGACAAAAGGGGUACAUCUGGUGCAGUUCUUGAUUGCCAUAGACCACUAGAUGUCCAUUUGCAAGCCUAAGUGGGAGCAAUUAGUGCUGGGUUAGGCCAUAAUAAUUUCAUGAAAAGAGGGAGGGAUUUGGGGCUGUUUCCAGGGGGCAGACACAUUUCAGUUUCCAUACUGCUCCAAUUGGUUUGGUAGUCAGCAUCUUUCCCCAUUCUCCCAGUAAUGUCCCAUUCCAAGGGAUGGCUGUGUCAUGAUCCACAGAGAUGUCUUCCACUAAGAAUGAUGGCCGAAACAAGAAGUGGCCAGUAGUUUGGCAAGGCUUCAGGACCACGGAUAGCACCCCAUAAGGCGAGACAUGUCACCCAAGUCUUCUCAGCAAAGUCCUCAAGCAACCAGCUGAGGAUUUAUAGUAAGACUAGGUAGUCAUUAACUGGAAUCCCCACCCCCUGAGUGCCCCUUCAGGCCAGUUAAGCGACCAGUGCCUUUUUCUGUAGCUGUUGGCUUCUUUGAGGCAAUGGAGUUUCCGGCUCUGUUGGUCUUUGUUUGGGGUUCUCUUGAUCUCCCAAGGAGUCUGUGAACCAGUGAUCAAAGGCUGUCAAGAGAGAUGUCACUGCAGGGUUCAGCGGGGAGGCAAGCUCUGCUGCCCACCAACCCACAUGACAUGGACAAAGGUGUGGAUUCAUAAUCUCCUCAAAGCUGCCAUUGCUGGAGGACUCAGAGUAGAGCCAUUGAAGUUAAAGAACACACUGGAAAGCCAAUGCGGCAUAGUGGUUAGCAUGUCAGAAUAGGACCUGGGAGACUAGGGUUUAAAUCUCCACUCAGCCAUGGAGCUCACCACACGGCCUUGAGACAGCCAAAAGCUCUCAGCCUCACCUACUUCACAGAGUUGUAAGGAUUACAUGAGGAGGGGGGAACCAUGUACUCCUACUUGAGCUCCUUGGAGAAAAAGGAAGGAUAUAACUGUAAUAAAUAAGAUAACUUCGGUUAAUUGAUUUCAAUGGAGCGCUGUAUUUUUUUCCCAGGGCCUGGGCUAAACCACGGUGCCCAUCAUAGACUCAAAGGGGCAGCUGCAAAGAAAUAUGUAUUUAUACUCCUCUUUCCUUGCUCUCCUGGCUUGACCUGUGCUUUCUUCAUCACCAGGAAUUCCCCCAAAAUCCUGUGGCAAAUGUGGUGGUGGGAAGUGCUGUAAGGACAAGCUAUGCCAUCAAUGCCGGGCAGUGCCAACGUGUCCAGCAGGGCAGGAACUGAGAUGUUCAGGUAACCCUUGUGUCAAUCCCUUCUUGCUGUAAGUCACAGGCCUUCCACCUUGGGUCUUCCAGGUGCUGUGAGACUACAAGUCCCAUCAUCCCCAGCCAGCAGAGCCAAGGGUCAGGGAUGAUGGGAGUUGUAGUCUAACAGCGUAUGGAAGACAAGACGGACAAGAGGUAAAACCUAGCAAGGUUAAAGGGUCUGGUUUGGCAGAAUGUGGUGGGCCAGGAGUUGGAGCCUGUCAGAAUGCGAUAGAGUAGGGGGCGGAGCCUGGCAGGGUGUGGUGGAUCUGAGGGCGGAGCCUGUGGGGUCUGUCAGGUUCCGAGCCUGAACAAUAGGCAUGACUGGCAUCUAAUACCCUAUAAAAUAUAUUGUGGAAGGGGGGAGAUUAUUGGGUUGUCUUUGUUUUUAUUUUUCGUUAUGUAUUUUGUAGGGGUUUUUAUAUUGUAAUCUUAUGUUGUGAACCACCCUGCAAUCGAUGUGUAUAAGGCAGUAUACAAAUUUUAUACAUAAUAAUAAAUAUGUUUUACUAGGGUUUUUUUGGAACUGAGUAUCGGCUUCUCGUAUUGAAUUGUUGUACCGUCUCACUCAAUUUUAUAGUUUGCCGCUUAUUGAAAACUGUUUUGGAGUGCUUGUACACAGAUUUACUAAGCAGAAAUAGAGAGAAUGUUGCUUUGUUAGAAAGAGUAAAAGCACAGCUAGGAGCCUCUCAGCAGUAAGUAACCACCUCCCCUCUUCCUUCUUCCAGGCACUAUUGACUUCAGAUAUUUCUGCAGCCCAUGCCCUAAUGGAACUUUCUCUGAUGCCAAAGGCAGCUGUUGCAGACCUUGGGCAAAGUAAGUCAUUCUCUGCUUUGCAGCAUAAAUAAUAAUAAUGCUAUUUCAUUAUAGAAAGGGACACGGGUGGUGCUGUGGGUUAAACCACAGAGCCUAGGACUUGCCGAUCAGAAGGUCGGCGGUUCGAAUCCCCACGACGGGAUGAGCUCCCUGCUCCUGCCAACCUAACAGUUCGAAAGCACGCCAAAGUGCAAGUAGAUAAAUAGGUACCACUCCGGCGGGAAAGUAAACAGCGUUUCCGUGCACUGCUCUGGUUCCGUGCACUGCUCUGGUUCAUGACUGGCUUAGUCAUGCUGGCAACAUGACCCGGAAGCUGUAUGCCGGCUCCCUCAGCCUAUAGAGUGAGAUGAGCGCCGCAACCCCAGAGUCGGCCACGACUGGACCUAAUGGUCAGGGGUCCCUUUACCUUUUAAUUUUAUUCUAGGAACAUACCGAGAGAGACCAUUGGUCCAUCUAACUCAGUGUUGUCUACACUGACUGGCAGCAGCUCUCCAGAGUUUCAGACAGGGGACUCUCCAAGCCUGAAGACACAAGCAAAACCGAUGCUCAUCCACUAAUCUGUAGCACACCUUGAGCGCAUCACCCAUGUUCCAACCACCAUUCUUUCCUUCCUUUGUAGCUGCAAGACAUUGGGGCUUCCAGUUCGACGACCAGGGAACACAACUCAUAACGUGGAAUGUGGCGACACGAGACCCGUCACUGUGGUUAUGCAAACUGGUACGGUUCUGUUUUCUGUAUGCAAAAUGGGCCUAAAAGACCUACACAUGGGAAUCGCAGAGUUGUCUCCGACACGGUUCUACUCAAAGCAGACCUGUUGAAAUGAAUGAAUCUGUCUGUGGUGCCUGUUCACUUCAGUGGGUCUACUCUGAGUACAGCUUGCACUGAAUACAACACACAGGGAGAAUUUGGACACAGCGGGACUGGAUUCCAAUUACGGCUGUUGCCAAAUCUCACACUUGGAGACACACGUUUUUGAUGUGGCCCAUGCAGGUGGUGAAAAUGGGAGGGUGACCUGGGCAUUAUUCUGGGGACAGGAGCAAAGAUGUCGACGAGGAGGCUUCUCCUUGGUGACAGAAAUGGGUGUUCUUGGGGCACAGGAAUGAUGGUCACGGCUAGCAAGAGAGUUCUCUUGAAGGGGGCAGCAAAUAUUAAAGACACGUUUUGUUUUGUUUUUGUUUUAUAUAUUUAGGUUCAUAAAUACGCUUCAAUAUCACAAUGUAUAACAGGUCUUCUUCUUUGGCGAUCACUCGUAGCCGAGUAAGAUUGUCUUCCAUAAACACGGUUUUAACAGUGAGUCCGUAAGUGACUGUGGAGGCCAAUUCUGGAUCCACACAUCCUUCCACAGUGGGGACAUUGGUUUCUGGGUGGGAGCUUAUCACGGUGUGGAUUUGCCAAGCGUGCCUUCCUCUUAGCACAUUUCUCCCUUGCGUCCUGAGUUCGAGUGUCUUCAAAGCCCAUGACACCUUUGGUAAAGGCUGUCAUCACUGCUUUAUGUUAGUGCCUAUCUGAUCAAAAAACCUGAAAACGAAGGGGGAGAAAAAAGAUAUUGUUAAAUAAAGAAUGUCCUAGAAACAGAUAUCAUUAAUUCAUCUGUUACAAUCUUAUGAGCCCAUUAAUAACUGAGUAAAGAAGAGUAUAUAAAAUAAUACCUAACUUUUAAGAAGAAGAAAAGGGGGAGAUACCUUUAAACAAAUAUUUUUUCUCAUCUUUUAUAAGAAGAUUUAAAUCUAUAGAUGCUCAAGAAAGAAAAUAAUGAUAUAGAUUAAUAUGAGAAAAAACCAAUGAAAAUAUCAAUAAAAUGGAGGGUUAGAAAAUAUAAAUUAUGAACACAGAUUAAUUACAGAUAAAUUAUCCUCUUAAAAUGCUAUGUAAGAUUAAAGUAAUUCCAAAUUCUAUAAAUUAAACUCUCAACCCAAUUAAACUCCAAUUAAAUCAGACGAAAUGGAUUAAAUAUAUGAGAAUGAAUUAUACGGAGGAGUGUUUUCUUCAGCUUCCUUGUUUCGAAAAUCUAGUGCUUGUUUUUAAAGCCUGCUGCAGAGAGGAGGGAGUUAUGCAGUGUCCUCAUGCAAGGAAUGAGGAACAAGCGGUCAGGUUCUGAGCUUAUAUAGGGCCUGGUGUGCUGGGAUUGGCCCUUGGGAGGUCAGCUGACAGAAUGCUCAGAUGGCUGGUACUGCAGCCUAGAUGGCGCCCUUGAAGCCCAUCUAGGGAGUUGGAGCUCAACCAAAGUUCCGUUGACAGGUCUAUGCAGCAGAUUAUUAUUAUUAUUUAGCAUCCAGUCACUUUAAUGUGUUUUUAUUUAUUUAUUUGAAUGGUGUUUUAUGUUUGAGUACUCCCUGGGUGUUUUAUGAUAUGGUGGUAAAAUAAUGCUCUUAUAAAUACAUAAAUCUAUGCACAUUAAUUCUUUAGAUUCCACAGUGACGACUAUCUUGACCAUUGUGACAGCAACGGGCCUCUCUCUUCUCAUCCUGUUGACGUUCUUUUUAAUCAUCUGCGUAUGGACACAGAAGAAGAAACUGCUCCUGGUGGAAGGUCAGUGUAGCUUUUUGACCCCCUUCCGGUGCCCACCCAGAGUUUCCUCCUAACCUAGCCAUGGUGGUAUCAGUCGAAAGCCUGGUGUCAAAGCGCGAGCCAGCAGUGCUCAAAGUUGGCGCUAAUUCCUUUAUUAGCAAAAAGACGAUCCUCACAGACUUGGCUGAGUGUCAGGACUAAUGAGCACAGCAGCUCAUCCCUGGGAGGUCUUACCCCAUGAAUCAGUUGCUGUGACCGAAAGCCCCCACCUCCCGACAGCUAAGUCCCCUCCUUUCUAGGCCUUUCCCCCAAGUAAUCAGAGACUGCGCCUGCUUGCAGCCUGCUGCUCCUCCACCCAUUUCAGCCCUCUUCUGGUUCUGGGAGGCAAGCAGGGAGGGGUGCUUGUCACAACAGAAGGGGGAGACCUGCAAUUCUUCACCAGCCUGACUCAUCUCUGCCUCUUGGCCUAUCUACCCCCUCUUCCUGUUUCAGCUUCUGCCUCCGAUUCUGGACUUCUCUCUGCAACCGACUUUCCUAGUUCACUAAACCCUGUUACCUCUUCCAACACCUCCUUCUCCUCCUAAUCUUCUCCCUCUGACCACCCAUUGUCACCCCACCACCAGUCCCUGGUCUCUGAGCCUUCUUCCCUUAGUGGGUCCCCAGCUUGCUCCCCACCACCACCAUUCCUCUGCAUCCAACUUGUCCAUGACACCUGGACUACGUCAACUUCCAGUAGGGUUGUGCUCUAGAUCUGACCCAAGCCUGGAUCCAGAGCCAAAUCACCCUGCAUUGAGCGGAGAGACAGCCCCAGUCAACUCAGGUUGGGUUGUCCCACCCAGAGCGAUCUGGCCCUGACAGAAGGUGGGCUGGUUAUGAGGCAGGGGAGAAACAGAAGAGGCAGGCAGUCUCUGCAGGGUCUGCUUUGGCCAGGGGACAGCCUGACUCCCUCCUUUGGCAAUCCUCACAGAACUCUAGCUCAAUGGUUGCCAUUAAUAUGAUUUGAAAUAAUUUUAUAAUGAGAUGAUUUUAUAAUGUUUUAUCAUUUUACUGUUGUUAGCCACUCUGAGCCCGGCUUCGGCUGGGGAGGGCGGGAUAUAAAUAAAUUUUAUUAUUAUUAUUAUUAUUAUUAUUAUUAUUAUUAUUAUCAAAGCAGCACCCAGCAGGAUUGAACCCAGCACCACCUCCUCCCUCCACACCCCUCCCAACCACAGGUUUAAUUAUUGCAUGUCCUCAUUUUUUGUGCCCAUUAACCCUUGCUUGCCUGGUUGGAGGGUACUCCACCUACCGCACGACAGUAAAAUUUGCAUUCAUUGCUCCACCCACUUUGGCCUUUGGCCCCGCCCACCUCUGGGGCAUGCCACAUUUCCCAGGAAGGAACGUGGUCCUCAGAAAUCCCUCCUCCUUGUCUUACCAUUGGUACCUUUGUCCUGCAGAGCCUGAAUCCGUCCACCCUUCAAACUUCCUAGGAUCUCAUCAUGAAGACACCUGCAGUUGCCAGUUCCCAGAGGAAGAGCAUGGGGAGAACAUGGACAAAUGGAAGGCCUCACAGAUCUCUUUGGCCCAUUGAAAGAACUUGGGGCGAAUCCACAAGCACAUGCAAAACUCGCCCCACAAUAUCUAGGCGGCUGAACUAUAUGAACGGCAGCUAUUAUCUUUGUUGUAGCAUGAUGGGGCUUUGGGCGCCUAAGCUGUUUCUCUCUAGGUUGGCUCCUUCACUGCUACUAGCUGUCUCUAGAUCAGCUCACCUGCUCUACACCCUGUGACUAUGAAAGCUUUCCUUGCUGGCUAGGGAAAUCAGGUUACGAGGAAGGAUCUCCAGGAGAUGGAAAUUCCAACCCUGCUUUCCCUAUUCACCCAUCCCCAGUUGCAACUGCUGGAACAAGCCAUCCACCUUGCUUUCCUAGGCAGGGUUUGGAAGCUGGAGAAUGCAGCAGACGUCCUCGUGGGUAGGGCUGCUGACGUCCGAUUUUUUUUUACAAAAACACUGGUCCUAUGACUACUCCAUGGGUAUGGAGCCAGGGAAGGCGGGGCCAGAGGGCAGGGCGGAGUCUGGCGUACAUUGGAGGUGGAGCCAGAAUGUGAUUGGGAGGGUUGUGGGCGGAGCCUUGCAGAAUCUGACUUCCCAGACUUCCUUCCUGGUUCUCUGAGAGAGGAGAGUCUUCUCCAACUACAUUUCACUGGGAGCAGGCUAACUGAACUGAAUGGACCUGAGCCAGCCUUGCCCAUUUACUUCAAGGGAUCUACUCUGAGCAGGAUUACCUCAACCCAGAAUGCCAUUUCACUGGUCAGAUCAGCAAUUGACCGGCCAGUUAGCAACCCUGUCUACGUAUAUUGGUGGGGGUGGCAAGACAUGUCCUGGGCACAGGCAUAGGAUCUGCGGUACUCAGAGAGAAUGACAUGCCCUUCCUGCCUAGGACAGCCUUCCCUUGGUUGGCACCCUCCUGAUGUUGUGGGCAACGUCUCCCAUUGUCCCUGACCAUUGGGUGAUGCAAGGUGUAUUCUAAAUCAUUUGGAGGCCCCUGGCUUGGAGACACCUGCUCCAAGAGCCUCUCCCUGAUUGGUAAGCAAGACUCAGCUUAGAAACUGCAAAAUGGCAAUCUUACAGGAUUCCCCUGAGCGGUUUCCCACCCUCUGGCAAAAUGUGUAUCUCCAACUGCAGACUGCCUGGAGGCUUUUCUGCUUAUCUCACCACCCCCAUAAUGACGUCCCUCCUCACUCUCUGUUCUGGAGGCCGUUGUCGUGAGCUUUCCUUGUUUCGAGAAACCUGCUUUGGGAAACCUGAAGGCGGUUUUUUCUUUCUUUUACUCCGCUGCUUCUUCCACUGUUUCAAAGGGUGCAAUUCUGACGCAAAGGAAGAAAGUUUGCUUUCAUGCAAAAGCAGCGACGCCACCCCCAUCUCUUAACGAGAAUCGCCUUUUCUUUUUUUAAUUUUUAGAAAAGGAAGGGGGGGCAACCCCAGAGCCUUGAGCUGCGCUUCCUUUGUGAAACUGACAAUUCUCCGUUAAAACAAGAAAGCUUCAGCUUCACUCGUUUCUUUCUUUCCGCUGCUGGUAAAGAGACUGUGGAAAUUCGCGACUGCGAUAGCGGGUGACCUCAUGGACACUUUCCCUUUCUCUGAAACGCCCUGCAACGGAGUGCGUGCCUCUUUAAAAUGUUUUCAACCGUUCGCCGUGACUCACGGCUUCAGGUGUUUUCCCCACUUGAAUUUCAGGACCAGUCUGAAGAAAGGAUGGUUUUGUUAUCCGGCUGGAAGCUGGGGGUGUGCUUUGCGCUUGCACACUCUCAGAUAACUUCUUUUAACCCCGCUCAGAUUCUGAAGCUGCGUUAAUCUCGCAAACGUGGGGGGGAGGGCAUUUCCACAAGGGGGGAGAAAAGCAAUAGGGUGAGGAAGGAGAGGCUACAGUCCGGUGCAUGCAUGCAAAAGGCAUCUGGUUCAGUCCCCAGCAUCUCCAGGCAGGGACGGGAAUCACCCUGUCCAAAACCCUGGAAAGUUCCUACCAGUCAGUGCAGACAAUACUGAGCUAGAUGGACUAAUGGUAUGGCUUGGGAUAAGCAGCUUCCUGCGCUCCUAUGAACGGUGGAGUUAACAGUUUGGGCACAACCUGAGUAAAGAUCAUACGUUUCUAUUGGCGUUUUGUUAAAGAGAGGAUUUCAUGGUGAGAGGUCACAAACUGGCCUGCUGGCUUACCCAGAGGCUCAGUAGGGGCAGCUGGCCAGGCAGUGUGCGUCACUGGCUGCAGCUCAGUGGUGGGGCAUCUACUCUAUGUGAAGAAGGUCCCAGGUUCGAUCCCUGGCAUUUCCAAGUAGGGCUGGGAAUGUCCCCUGCCUGAAACACUGGAGAGCCUCUACCCAUCAGCUUACACAAUGUUGAAUUAGAAAUGCCAGCGGUCUAACUUGUAUAAGGCAGCCUUAUGUGAAGGGAUGUAGCACGGUGGCAGAGCAUCAACUUUGCAUGCAGAAGGUCCUGGGUUCAAUCAUAAGCAUCUGCAGGGAGAAUUGGGAGACAUCCCUGCCUGAAGGCCUGGAGAGGCGCUGUCAGUGUAGAGGAUGUAUUGAUUGGCAGCAGCUCUACAGAGUGUAAGACAGAGAAGGGACCCUCCCAUCAACAGUGACCUGAUUCCCUUUUGACUGCAGUUGCCAGGGCAGUGGCAUAGCGUGGGUUGCUGGGGCCGAGGCAGGGCAAUUGGGUGGACUGGGCAGCUGGGUGAAAGCAUGAUUUCCUUUUGCCUGCAAUUGCCAGGGCAGUGGCAUAGUGUGGGUUGCUGGGGCCAGGGCAGGGCAAUUGGGUGGACUUGGCAGUUGGGUGGAAGCAUGCAUCAGGGGUGUGUGUGUGUGCUGAGUGCAAGACACAUGGCUGCCGCUGCUGGUGGUAGUUGGCUGUGCACCUUCUCGGCUUGGCGGCUCUGCUGCCUCCCGGCUCGGCAUGUAGGCAUCCCUUUAAGGGCCAUAAGGAGAAGGUGGCACCACCCCAGGCCCGAAAGCCUGGCCCAGACGCGACUUGCCUCCCCGUGGCUCUGGAAGGCGUUGGGAGUUCAGCCACAUGCCCUCAAUAGGAGAGCCUGUUGUGGGGGUGCCUGGUUGUGCCCCUCUCAGAAUUUUUGCCCCAGGCCACUACCCCUCUGUCCCCCCCAUGCUAUGCUGCUGGAGCUGGGAUUUGGGAAUUCCUGCAUGCAAAGAAAAAGUUCUACACUGUACUCUACAUCUGGAAGCAGAGCAUAGUCAUCUGAUACCUUUCUCUAUGAAUUUUGUAUCAUUCUCUUUAAAGCUGUCUAGGUUGGUAGCCAUCACUCUGGGUAGUUAGCAUAAGACAAUGCAGAGUUGGGAGGGGGGAGUUUCAGAAUUGCCAGGGGCUGAUGUAAGCAAGAGGAAAAAUAUUGGCGUCUUAGGAAGCAGUUUGCAAGCACAACGUGGGCUGGCAGUCUGAAUCCAACGUUGGCUGGACCCUCCUGGAAUGCAAAGCUUUCCACCCACCCUAGGCUCAAGGUUGUAUAUUUGUGUCAAUAAAUGAUGUAUCAU